GCGACUUUAAAAUAAAUUUGAAUCCAUAAAUCAACAUCCGCUCGGGCAGUUUUCAAAAAUAUUGUGACCUGAGAUCGAUGCUUACUCACUACACUUCCCCGUAAACAGAAGACAAGUCUAUUUAAAAAUAACAAAAAUAAUCGUAAUUCCUGUAACAGAUAAAUAUUCAUUACAAAAAAAAUGUAUGUAAGGUCACCACAACAGAUAAAAUUUUAAUAAACACAUAAACACAGACUAAUAGUCCGCAUUUGUUUGGUACUUUGCUGAAAAUAACUUACUUAAUGUUGACAAAAAUGCAGUGCCUUGUAAAAGUUAUAUACAUCUAUGCUAUACUGGAAUCUUUAAAAUGUGAAGAUCAUGUGAGGUAUUUUGAAGAUUAUCAGUCAAACAAUUUCUUUUUCCGAGUGUACAAAAAAACAUCGUUCACUUUGGACUAUGGAAGCGUCCCUAUUUUAGGUGAGGCUUCUAUUUCCGACAUCCCUAACAUGGAAGAACUUAUGUUGUACGAUAUCAAACUGCAAAAAAUCCAACCAGGUGCGUUCCAGGACUUACCUAUGCUGAAAUCAUUAAAAAUAAUUAAAACCAAUAUCUCAAAAAUUGACGUUGGCGUUUUUAACAACUUGAAUAUCACCUCCUUGACUAUAUUGGAAAAUAAAAUGCCACUAACUAUAGCUGCUGAUGCUUUUGACAACAUGACCAGUUUGCAGAAAAUUCGUCUAGAUCAAAUCCAAUUGACACUGUGGAAUCCACAAUGGUUUGCCAACACCCCACAAUUGAAAGAAAUUUAUGCAUGCGACAAUCUGUUACAAAAGAUACCGAGAGAUGCGUUCAAGAAUCUAAAUGGCGAUAAUGAAAUAACUAUAUAUUUUUAUCGUAAUCGAAUAAAGAAAAUACAUAAUGACGCGUUUCAUGGAAUCAGGAAGAUGAAAAUAUUGUCAUUAGCAGAUAACAAACUCGAGGAAUUUAAUGGUCACAGUUUGAAAAACGUUAAGAUUGAAGAAUUAAGGAUUAGUGAGAACAACCUUCAGUGUUUAGAGGAGUCAGACUUCGCUGGUAUUUUUGUUGCUGAUAAAACAGCUAUUGGGGGUAAUCCGUGGAGACAAGAAUGCUUAGAUAAAAUUUUAGAGUGGGGAGUGUCUCAUAAUAAAACAAUAAAAACAAUAAAUUAUUUUCCUACUCCAUUACUUUAGAUGUGCAAUAAAUUUUGUUUUGUAUUUUGUGAAAUAAUGAAGAUAUAAAUAAUUAA